AUUUUCUGCCUUCCAAAACUUUAUCUUCAACAAUUUCUCAACUCUCUCUGCUAAAAUCUUCACCUUUUUAUAGCCUUAAACUUUACAGGGAAGCCAUGGAAAGGCUUCUGUACUCUUCUUCUCCGACCCCCUUGGAGAUCUCUCGAAAGCCCUCUCCUUUUCUCUCUCGGCUCGCCAGAUUCGACUCUCCUAAACCCAGUUUCGUUCCAUCACUCACUCGGCCACAACUCAGGCGAAUCAUCUCAAUUUCUUGCAAAGCCGAUAACAGCCCAUCUCAUAUUUCUUACCCUCAAUCCAAUCCGAGCAAUGAAUUGUCUUCACUCGGUCCUCCGCGAGUCGACUCAGAAAAUGGGUUAACACCCACUUUCAAUUUUCUCAAGGUUAUUGCAAUUAAAGCUUCUGCACAAAGAAAGGCAAUCACAGCUGGGACGUUUCUAGCACUCUCUGCCAUUAUCAUGUUCUUAAUCCAACCAAUUUUUGCACCAGCAGCUUUUGCAACCUUUCAAACUGGUGCUAAAGCCAGUGGAACUGCAGCUGCUGCAGUGGGGGGAAGAGUAUUACGUGUUGAAUUACUUAGUAGCGCGGUGUCUGGUUUCUUUGCCGGUUGCUUACACACCCUAUCGGGGCCUGACCACCUUGCUGCUUUGGCUCCACUAUCAAUUGGCCGAACUCGAAUGGAAAGCGCUGUUGUUGGAGCUCUAUGGGGUUGUGGCCACGAUGCCGGUCAGGUUAUUUUUGGUUUAUUGUUUCUACUUCUAAAGGAUCGUCUCCACAUUGAAAUUAUCCGGACUUGGGGUACAAGAGUAGUGGGCUUAACAUUGCUUGUUAUUGGGGCUAUGGGUAUAAAAGAGGCUUCAGAAGUUCCUACUCCUUGUGUUGCCUUAGAAAAUGGUGAGUGUGAUGUUAGCGUUUACGAGGCACUUGAAAACCCUACAGUCGGGAAGAAAAAGAUUGGUUUUGCUACAUUUGCCACUGGGAUUGUUCACGGAUUGCAGCCAGAUGCACUAAUGAUGGUUUUGCCGGCACUUGCUUUGCCAUCUCGCCUGGAUGGUGCUGCAUUCCUUAUUAUGUUCUUGCUCGGAACUGUGGUAGCAAUGGGAAGCUAUACAGUGUUUAUAGGCUCAUGCAGUCAAGCAUUAAAGGAUAGGGUCCCAAGAAUUACAGAAAAACUUACAUGGGCUUCUUCUCUUGUAGCCAUUGCUCUGGGAGUAGCCAUUAUCGUAAGCCAAUUUUUCGGAUUUAGUCUCUAUUGAUCUACCUGACCCUACAUCAAGAUAUUCACUCCAGCUUCUUUAGCACUUAAUGAAGACGUUAGAAAGGAUAUUCGGAUUUAUUUUCAGCAAUAUUUCAUCCGAGCAGCAUCUUUGCUCCAAUUACCAUUUUGUUGCUUCCUUGUGAGACUGUUUCGAAACACUCUUCUAUUACUAUGGUUAGAGUAUCAUGCUUGUUAAGCCAUAAGUUAUACAUUUCUUGCUUGAAUGGUCAAUGCAUUUACAUCAAAA